AUGGCCCAGAAUCAGGGGGAGGUUCAAGUGGGCACACCGAACCAACCCGUGAAGGAGAAGGAUAUUUAUGCCUGUUUGCCUGAUAUGAGGCUGAACGGACCUCUCGGACCCGACGAACCGUGUCCGGGAGGAGAGGAAUUGCGGUGGUUGCCUGCACAGGCUACUGACCGAGAUCUGGUUAUGUAUUUGCGAGCUGCUCGCUCAAUGGCAGCAUUUGCUGGUAUGUGUGACGGAGGGUCGCCAGACGAUGGUUGUGUUGCCGCCAGUCGCGAUGAUACUACCAUCAACGCACUAGAUGUCCUUCAUGACUCUGGUUAUGAUCCUGGACGUGCUUUACAAGCUCUUGUAAAAUGUCCAGUGCCAAAAGGGAUUGAAAAAAAGUGGACCGAAGAGGAAAUCAAGCGGUUUGUUAAAGGAAUACGACAAUUUGGUAAGAACUUCUUUAAAAUAAGAAAAGAUUUGCUGCCUCAUAAAGAUACUGCAGAGCUGGUUGAAUUCUAUUAUCUAUGGAAAAAGACGCCUGGUGCUAGUAGCAAUAGACCACAUAGAAGAAGAAGGCAAGCAUCACUAAGAAGAGUCCGAAACACUCGGAACUCUCGCGCAGGUACACCUAAAGAGCAAACACCAGAAGCUACACCUACUAUACCAGAUACAAAUGGAUCUAGACCAUCACCAAAUCCUAAAGAAGGAGGUGAAAUGAGUUCAGUAACUGAAGAUGAGAAUUCUGAGGAAGAUAGUGAUUCAAGAGAUGCUGGUGAUUUGGCUAAGGUAGAUAAUGGUAGAACUGAAAAUCCAGAGGACUCUCCCAGCAGGAUGAGAACUAGAAAUAAGUCUAAAGAACAAAAUACUCCAAAUGGAAAGAAGGCUCAAGAUGAAAGUGACAAUGAUUUAAAAACUAAAACAAAACCUAUUAAACCAAAUGUACAAACUACGAAUAAUAAUGUAUCUGAGAAAAUAUUGGCUUCUCCGGGUUCUAAAGAUGUAAAGAAAAAGGUGAUAAAUGGUAAAGUGGACGUAUCUAAAGUUAAGAAACGGCUUCCUGAUGACACUAAACCAGGUGGUAUAAUGGAUGGUGAUGUUCAAAUGAAAAAGAAAAAGGCUGCAGAACCACCUGAGAGUCCAUCUGAAAGUCUCACUAAUGAUAGUUUCCCAGCAAUGGAUGAAACAGAAGCUCCUGAGCCAGAACCAGAGGUUUGUGACUUCAGUUUUAAUAAAACUGAGAAAGAGUCGACAGAACAAACUAAAGAAUCUGAGCCUGAACAAGCUGUCAAACCUGUUGAGUCUCAAACCAAAAAUGAAAUUAUUGCUGAAACUGUUAUCAAUACUGAUAAAGAUUCUGUUCCUCAACCUUUCAAGGUGGCAGAAACAGAAGAGAGAACCACCCUUGAUCUGAAAACUGAUUCUAAUCCACAACCAAAUAAGAUACCUGAAAACAUGGAACCGAGAAGUCUGCCUAUACCAAACUCAAUAUUCCCUAAAACUGAGCUUAUUAUACCGAAAGUUACUCCUAUGACUAGUGAAAGUUUAGAGAAGGUAAAGAUUAAAGAAGAGAUUGAUACAGAUGAACAGACACUAAAUCUACAAAAAGAGGAAUUUCCAAAAGAUCCAUUGUCACAUAGUUUCCCAGGCCAUCCUGUUAAUCAACCUAGUAAACCACUCAACUUGGAAAAUACCAACUUUUUAGUAAGAGACAGUCACAUUUACAACCCAAAGUUAACUCACAACAUUAAAAUAGAAAACAUGUCUAAUAAUAUAUUUAAUCCUGUAAAUAUUGGAAAAGAUAGUUCUAUUAUUAGGAGUGCAAAAGACUUUCAAGCUGGCAUACCACCAUUUGGAUAUUCUCCAAACAUGAAUUUUGGUAAUGAGGCAUCGAAGCAUAAUCCACAUAUGAAUCCGCUCAAAACAAUGAUCAAGUUGGAACCUCGAGAUGAAACCAAUGAGAUGAAGAAUCAAAAUACCCCUGAGAUUUUUACUGCGACUAUAUCUACAGCCAAUAAAGUUGAUUCUCCUAAUGCUCCCAGACUGGACACAUUACAAAGAAUAAGUCCAUCACCCACUAAUACCCGUGCUUCAUCACCACCUCCUAUGGAACAUCCAACCACCACUAAUACGGAACCAAUUUCUCCUGCACAUUCACAAGAAAAUAAAGAAUCAGAUGAUGAUAAACAACCUACAGAUUUGAAAACUCAGUCAGCACCUAAAUUGGACAGCCAAAGUGGUGCCAUAAGAUCACCAGCAUUUCCCCAUUCAGUACGACCUGAAAAUCUUGGAGUCCGAUCUACAGAGGCUUCUGUUACUCCAGUAUCAGGUGCCACCAUGCCACCACCAUCACUCAGUCAGCCCUCUUUAACUGGACUACUGCCUCAAGGACCUUUAAUAUCUGUGGGGAAUGGUACCAAUGUUGGCCCAUAUGGAUUUAUGCCAACGCCUUUGUAUGGUCAUUCAAGUCAUCCUGGACACCCUGGCCAUCCUGGCCAUCCUGGACACCCUGGACACCCUGGGCAUCCAGGUCAUCCUGGUCAUCCUGGUCACCCUAGUCAUCCUGGUCAUCCUGGUCAUCCUGGCCACUCUGGCCAUCCAAGCCAUCCAGGUCACCCAGGACUGGAGAAGCCUGGAUCUAUGCCACCUCUUAUGCAACCAGUAGCACCAUCUCAUGGUUUACCAGGGAGUAAUUUAAUACCUCCUUCAAACCAAAAUGAUCCAUCAAUGCCACAAGAUUUGAAAAUUAAACAGGAAGCGCCUGAUAAUAUGCCUGCAAACUUAUCAACACAAUCACCUUCUGAUCCUCUACAAUCACUUAAAGAAGUAAAAGUUCCGGGAUAUCCUGUUGGUAGUGCUAUAGCACAACAUUUAAACACUGAGCGAGAUAGAGAAUCAAUAUCUAGUGUUGAGAAUAGUAGUAGGCCUCCCAGUCAACCUACAAAUGAGAAUACAAAUAUGCCAAGUGCAUUCCUUGGUCCAAGGAUAGAUAGUAUAAAGAAGGAACCUGACUUCUUACAUCAACCUCAUAUACCUACUACUCAAACAAGUCAAAGUAGUUCGGAAUCUUCAAAUCCAAUUCCUCCAGUAAAAAGUCCUCAUACCCCUACACCAAUCAAAAGUCAACCAAGUCAUGGACACGGACUUUCAUCUUCAACAACAUCGCCUUUCUCGAGGCACUUAGCAAGUCCACAUGCAAGACAAAUAUCAGCAUCACCAGUUCAACCAAAUACCCCUGUGUCACAUUCUGCACUAAACUUAAUGAAUCCAACGCCCCUGUCAAUACCAGCAACAAUACCAGGUCCAGUGAUGCACUCUGGACAACAACCUGGACACCCACCACCUCAUCCUUUUGCCUCUCCUCUUCACCACCCCCACUUACUCCAUCCUUCUAUCUUCCAGUUAUCUGCAGCUGCAGCACAUGCAAUGCAUCCAUAUUAUCCACAUCCCCAUCCUGGAUAUUCAAUGCCAUACCCAUAUCCCUAUGGACCACUCCCUCAACCUCAUCCAAUACCUCCUAUGCACCCUGCCGUGAGCACGCCUGGACGGCACGAGCCUGUGAAACCGCCAACGAUUGAAUCUACAACCAUGCUCAGCUCACACCAUAGUCACAGUACCAGUUCCUCAGUUACUACUAGAUCACUGAGAGAAAUUUCAGAAAGCUCUGAGGAUCCGAGACAUCCUAAUGCGACCACUGAAAGACAUCAACUUCACGAGACGACAAUGACGCAUCAUCAUUCAACAAGUCAUCACAGUGCAGUUCAUACAAGCACGGAAAAGCAGCCCAGUCAUGUGGGUGGUGGUACUAACCACACAUUAUCAAUUUCUCAUUCAACUUCAAGUAGUUCAUCGCAAUCGAUUCAACAUAAAAUCAACACACAACAGAAAAGUAGUUCUCAUUCAAAUUCACCUCAUCACUUAUCAGCUAGCGUAUCUCAAACUACGAGUACGUCGUCUAGUGUGAAUGUUAAUAAUCACAACCAUACCCAUCAUCAUUCGCAUCACCUGGCUCAUCAUCCAGAGAGGCUUUCGCCAGCUGAUUCUAUGCUACUACGUCACCAUCCAAAAAUGCUAGCUGCUAAUCCAAAUCAUCUGAUGAUACAGCCUCCAUCUAUGGGCCAUCCUAUGGGUAUCGGAUUGCCACCUGGGCCAGGACCGAGUUCCAUUGAAAGUUUACGUCUUCACGCUCAGGCAGCGGCAGGUAUGCAAGCAUCACAUCCUAGGCCUGGAUCUCCGCAUCAACUUCCUCACGGUCAUCCACACUUACGAGGUCCACCGCGGCCUAUUCCAGAGGAGAACCCAGAGUUAAAACUUGAAACUCAAUCACAACCAGAGGAAGAAGAAAUACCCAGUCCUGCCCAUAUUCCACAUGGACCCAGUCCCGAACCAAAAAUUGAAGAUACAGAAUGCCAUAGGUCUCAAUCAGCGAUAUUCUUAAGGCAUUGGAAUCGUGGUGAUUACAACUCGUGUACGAGGACCGAUCUUAUAUUUAAACCUGUACCAGAAUCCAAACUCGCUCGUAAACGCGAGGAGCGGUUGCGGAAGCAAGCCGAAAGAGACCGAGAAGAAAGGGAAAAGAUAGCUCAACAAGCGCAUAGAAAGAUAGCUACACCAGAGAAACCUGAGACGAAGCCACCUUCGAGAGGAGCCAUCGAAACGAUAUCUUCUCCGUAUGACAGGUUUCCUAGACCACCAGGAUACCCUGAUACCCCAGCACUUCGAACGUUAUCGGAGUAUGCACGACCACAUGCAGGGUUCAGUCCAGGCAACCUACCGCGGCAUUGUAUGGACCCCAUGCUUCAAUAUCAACUGAGCUCGAUGUAUGGUGCAGCUGGAGCUCGUGAAAGACUCGAGCUAGAACACCUGGAACGAGAAAAACGGGACAGGGAAAUUCGAGAGCUACGUGAACGCGAACUAAACGACAGGUUGAAGGAGGAACUGCUCAAAAACAAUGUUGGUCCUCGGGCAAUCGAUCCACAUUGGCUCGAAAUGCAUCGUCGAUUUGGAAUGGCACCUCCACACCCUCAAGGCGCCCUCCCUGUCCAGUUUGGCCUGUAUCCUCCCGGACACGGACCUGCCUCACUAUCACAGUUAGAACGUGAGCGCCUCGAGCGGCUGGGUAUCCCGCCAGCAGGAGGAGGUGGCCCACCCUCGGUGCCGGUCUCGGGGGCGUCCUCACAUCAUCCGCAUCAUCCGCACCCUAGCGUUGCAGCAGCCCAACUGGAGGCGGCCGAGCGACUAGCACUCGCAGCUGAUCCAAUGGUGCGUUUACAAAUGGCCGGUAUCAACCCUGAAUAUCAUGCGCACACACAUGCGCACACGCAUGCACACUCCCACACACAUCUACACCUACAUCCUGGCCAGCAAGCAGCGGCGCAGGCGCAGCAGGAAGCCCUGGGGCUGGGACUGGGCCCUGGUGGGCCUUACAGGCCGCUACCACACCCAGAUUUGUUAGGGCGACCAUACGCAGAGCAGUUAGCACAGCAUGCGGCCGCGCAAGAGCAGUUGCAGCGGCAGCUGCUAUUGGAACGUGAACGCGGGUUCCUUCAUCCAGCGCACCACGAGGAGUUUAUGCGCCAACAGCGCGAACGUGAGCUAAAAGUGCGCGCGCUGGAGGAGGCGGCGCGCGCCUCCCGCCCCUAG